CUGUAUGCUGAUGUGGCACUGGAAGCCCCGCUCAUCUCUGUGACGUACAUCUGCUGACGUAGGUUUUCUUCUUCUUCCGGUUCACGCUAACAUGGCGCAACCCAUCCCUCUGUUAGCAGUGCGAGGGUCCGACGGCACCUCUCUGCUGUCCGGUCCCAUCUGUGAGCCGCUCAGCAACUUCAACAGGGAUGCGCGGCCCUCCAGGUGUGUGACCUUCAGCAGAGAUGGCUCUCUGUUCGGAUGGUGCAACGGACACAGUGUGUCUGUGGUGCGGUGUGCAGACGGCUCCCUCUUCUCGACCUUUGACCUCCCCAAGACCUCAGUGCUGAAGAUCUCCCCUCUGAACACCGUGCUGGCAACCUGGCAGCCCUACAGCAAGCCUCAGGACAGUGCUCAGGGAGACCCUAACCUCCAGCUGUGGGACGUGCAGAGCGGUCAGCUGAUCAAAGCUCUGUACCAGAAGAAGAUGGAGUCAUGGUGUCCCAGCUGGUCUGUAGAUGAGCAGAUUUCCGUGCGGAGCGUCAACAACGAGCUGCACUUCUACGAGAACAACGACUUCAACACGAUCGCCAACAAGCUGCAUAUGCAGAAAGUCUCAGACUUCCAGCUCUCUCCUGGGGGGGCGCCCAGCAAGGUGUGUGUUUAUGUCCCGGGAAGUAAAGGGGCCCCCUCCUUUGUGAGGCUCUAUCAGUAUCCUCAGCUGGGGGGGCCGGGGGCUGCUCUCGCUAACAAGAGCUUCUUCAAGGCCGACAGAGUCAGCAUGCGGUGGAACAAGAAGGCGUCGGCAGUGCUGGUGACAGCGAGCACGGAGGUGGAUAAGAGCGGAGCGUCGUAUUACGGAGAGCAGACGCUGCACUUCCUGUCUGUGAGCGGGGAGACGGCGCUGGUGCAGCUGCAGAAGAAUGGGCCCAUCUACGACGUGUCCUGGAGCCCGAGUUCUGCUGAGUUCUGUGUGGUCUACGGCUUCAUGCCGGCCAAGGCCACCGUCUACAACCUCAAGUGUGACCCGCUGUUUGACUUCGGGACCGGACCGCGCAACGCCGCGUACUACAGUCCUCAGGGUCACAUCCUGAUCCUGGCGGGCUUCGGGAACCUUCGGGGUCAGAUGGAGGUCUGGGAUGUGAAGAAGUACAAACUGGUGUCUAAGCCCCAGGCUCCGGAUGCGACCCACUUCUCGUGGUGUCCUGACGGGGAACAUGUGAUGACAGCGACCUGCUCGCCCCGGCUGAGGGUCGGUAACUGCUUCCAGGUGUGGCACUAUGGGGGGGCCGUGGUACACAAACAGGAAGUGGCCCCUGGCGCCGAGCUGUGGGAGGUCCGCUGGCAGAACCUCCCCCCCGACAGCUUCCCCCAGCGGGCCGUCCGGUACCAGCAGGAUUCCGGACCACUGGGUAGCACCCAGCCCCUCCCCACACAGGCAUAUCGUCCCCCGGCACUAAGACACUUGCCCCCUUCUGAGAGGGGCCGACUGCACGAGGAUGAACCCCCUCAGAACCUUCGUCCCGGAGAGAAGAGUCUCUCUAAAGCGGCUCUGAAGAACCAGAAGAAGAGGGAGAACAAGAAGGCCGCCCGACAGGACCUUAAGACUGACCCUGACCCCGCCCCCACCAGCAUCAGCCAAUCAGAGCCGAACAUCGGAGACACCGAGAACGACAAGAAGAUCAAGAACUUAAAGAAGAAGCUGAAAGCGAUCGAGGAGCUGAAGGAGCAGCAGAGUUCUGGGAAAGUUCUCCAGAAGAACCAGCUGGAGAAGCUGCAGAAGGAAGAGCAGCUGCUGCAGGAGCUGAAGGAGCUGCAGAUCAGCCUGUAGACAGACAGACACACACACACACACACACACACACACACACACACUAAAGAGUGUGUGUAAGAGACAUUUCUUCACCUGAGAUGACAGAUGAGGGGCGGGGCUUGUGUAGAGGUGUGUGUGUCCCUCUCGCCCCACACACACACACACACACACACACACACACACACACACACACACACACAGUCAGUUUUCUGCUUCCUGUUUACAUCCAGCUGUUUGCCUCAUUCUUUUUCUGUGUUUGGAGACUGCUACAAGGCAUUCUGGGAGAUGUAGUUCACCAUCACUACAGAGUGGAAAAAUAUAAUGUUGAAAAGUCACUUUAACAUGCAAAUAAAGUGUGUGUGUGUGUGUGUGUGUGUGUUGUGUGAGAAGCCCUGUUGCUAUGCAACAUCUGUACAGAUGCAUAAGCCUUUGUUCCUUUCAAAAAUAAAAGCCUGAAUGAAUCCAGUUA